UCAAGAGGGUGUCAUCACUGUCAAACACAAGAAAAGAGAAUUUCAAUUUUCGACAUACCUAUUCUAUUAUAUAGAAAUAGACAUAUAUGAAGAAAUUAAUAAUUUAAACAUGCACAAGAAUUUAUGCUUGCUUGAUGGGACCAAACUAAGUAAAGGCACGCGCAGCACAACUCAAAGCAAUCGAGUGAGUUGCUUAUGAGCAUAUUGAGAAAAAAAGGCAGAGGCAGAAGCAGAAGCAAAACCCCACUUUUUCAUGGCCAAAAUCAUUGGCAAGAGCAGAAGAAGAAGAACAACGACGACUCAACAACUAUGCCACAGAAUGGUUCACCAUGUCAACGUCCACUGCAACCUGUUCCAUAGGGUGUCCUUUCUUGGCCGGUUCAUUUGGGACAGGAUGCUUCUCUGCUCUCUUGGAAGGCCUUCUUACCUCAGGCUGCCCCUCCGUGACCCGCCACCGCAGGCCACCGUCCACGGUGGCGCCUCCAUGCAUGGAUACCCCUUCACCACCACCACCCCCUCCCCCUGUGACUCUGACUCUGAUUUGGUCAACCUCAAGAUCAGCUUGCUUGGUGAUUGCCAUAUUGGAAAAACUAGUUUUGUGAUCAAGUAUGUAGGGGAUGAGCAAGAAAAGAGGAGCUUGCAGAUGAAGGGACUUAAUUUGAUGGACAAAACUUUAUUUGUUCAAGGAGCUAGGAUUUCGUUUAGUAUAUGGGAUGUUGCAGGUGACACAGGGUCCCUUUAUCAAAUUCCAAUGGCUUGUAAAGAUUCAGUUGCAAUUUUGAUUAUGUUUGAUCUCACCAGUCGGUGUACACUGAAUAGUGUUGUUGGAUGGUACAGUAAAGCAAGAAAGUGGAAUCAGAUUGCAAUUCCCAUUCUAAUAGGAACCAAAUUUGAUGAUUUUGUUAAACUCCCCCCAGAUGUGCAAUGGACAAUUGUAACACAGGCAAGGGCAUAUGCAAGGGCAAUGAAUGCUACUCUUUUCUUCUCAAGUGCAACCCACAAUAUAAAUGUCAACAAAAUCUUCAAGUUUAUCAUGGCCAAGCUCUUCAACUUGCCAUGGAAAGUGGAACGAAAUCUGACACUAGGAGAACCCACAAUUGACUUCUGAAAUGUACUUUACAUUAUUGAUUUAUAUGUAAAUAGCAGGACAAAGAAAAGAAAAAGGAAAAAAGAAAAAAGAAGAGAUCCACUCAUAUUAACUACUCUUGCUUUGUAGAGUUCAUCGCCUAAGAACCUAAUUCAUUUAUCUUCAUUGGGCCAUUUUAACUACAACUUGUAAGGGUGAGAAGGGAGGGACCGAGUUUUUCAGACACUACAUAUAACACGGUCUUUUUGACACACUUUUAAUUAUAUAUAUCGAGUGAAACACAAGUGGAUCCUACUAAAUGAAGUAGGUCUAACUUCUUAUUUAGGAA